AUGCUAGAAGCCGGUGCCCAAAAACCCAUAUCCUCCUGUUACGUUCCCAUCUUGCAAGAAUGUUUAGAGCCUAAUUCAGCUUCAAGGGUAGAGCCAUUACACGCUCACAUGAUGAAAACCGGAUUUUCGCAGGACUAUUUCCUCAUGACCCUGCUCAUCAAUGUGUAUGCCAAGCGUGGGUCGAUGGCUGCCGCCCGAAAGGUGUUCGACACUUUGCCUAACAGAAACGUGGUCACAUGGACCACGUUGAUGACGGGCUAUGUCCACAAUUCCCAGCCCAAGUCCGCCAUUCCCGUGUUUAUGGAGAUGUUGGAGGUCGGGGUCUCCCCCACAAAUUACACUUUAGGGACUAUUUUAAAUGCCUGCUUGUCCUUGUAUGAUAUCGGGCUCGGAAAGCAGAUUCAUGCUUAUGCAAUAAAGUACGGCCUUGAGCACGACGAGAGCAUCUUGAACGUGCUUUACCGUUUGUAUACAAAGUGCCGCAGUUUGGAUAUGGCGCUUAGUAUGUUCACGAGAACCAAAGAAAAGAAUGUGAUCUUGUGUACUGCUCUUAUAACCGCUUGUGCGGAAAAUGGGAAUUCAGCCAUGGGUUUGGACACAUUUAUCCAGAUGCUAGAAAUGGGAGUUUUACCUAACGAGAUCACUUUAACGAGCGUCCUGAGUUUGUGCUGCACGGCCCAGGCCCUUGAUUUGGGAACUCAGGUUCACGGGUUGACCAUGAAGCUCGGGUACGGGUCAGAUAUACCCGUGAUGACAGCUGUCAUGUAUCUGUACUUGAAAAAUCGGUUUGUGAGCUGGGCGAGGAAGAUAUUCGAUGAAAUGAGUGAUUUGGGUUUGGUCACGUGGAAUGCUAUGAUUGCAGGCUAUGGUGACAUGAGCCUACUCAUGGAGGAUCGUGUUUUGGCCUACUUAUGCGGGGUCGAGGCCCUCAAGAUUUUCCAGCGGAUGAUCCGGUCGGGCCUGAAGCCCGAUUUCUAUACUUACUCGAGCAUGUUAACGAUUUGUAGUAGUUUGGUGGCCCUCGACCAAGGCGAGCAGGUUCACGCACAAAUAAUCAAGACCGGAAUAUUAUCCGAAAUGGUGGUGGGGACUGCCCUAGUCAACAUGUACAAUAAGUGCGGGAGUAUUGUACGAGCGUGCCGAGCUUUUACAGAGAUGCCCGGACGAACUUUAAUCUCGUGGACUACAAUGAUAAAUGCGCUCGUACAGCAUGGCUACUCACUGCAGGCAUUGGACCUUUUUGACGACAUGAGGUUCGUUGGGGUCCGGCCUAACAAGGUCACGUUCGUGGGCGUGCUCUCUGCCUGUAGCCAAUUGGGACUAGUUGACCGGGCUUUGACCUAUUACGAAAUGAUGCAGAACACGUACAAAAUCAGGCCCGUGGUGGGCCACCUGGGGAGCAUGGUCGACAUGUUUGUUCGGUUGGGUCGAAUUGACGAGGCUUUUGAGUUCAUUGAGAAAUCUGAUACAACACCGAACGAGUUUGUAUGGUCGAUUUUGAUUGCCGGGUGCAGAGUUCAAGGGAAAAUGGAUUCAGCGUUUUACGCAGCUGAAAAGCUGCUCGAGUUAAAACCGAAAGAUCCAGAGAUGUACUUUCAGCUGUUGAACAUGUACCUAUCGGCGCGCAGGUGGGAGGAUGUUGCACGGGUUCGUAAAAUGAUGAAAGAACAGAAGGUGGAUAAAGUUGCGGAUUGGAGCUGGACGAGCAUUAGGGAUAAGGUUUACGCGUUCAAAUCUGGAGAUAAGAAACAUGAAGGGGAUGAGGUGGGGAAAUUUUUAGAGGAUUUGGUUGUUCGGGCCAGGGAUCUUGGGUAUGAGGGCGAGUUGGGCUCGGAGAUGGUGGGCCACAGUGAGAGGAUGGCGGUUGCAUUUGGGCUACUCAACACGUCGGGCAAUGCUGAAGUUCGGGUGGUGAAGAAAAUUGGAAUGUGUAGGGAUUGCCAUAGUUUUAUGAAGACGGUAUCGGUUUUGAUGUGCAGAACUAUUGUUGUUCGAGAUAGUAAGAGGCUGCACCAGUUCUCACAAGGGCAGUGUUCGUGUAAGGAUUUUGGUGGUUUUGUUUAG